AUGAGUGGGAAAGAAACGAAUUCAACUCAAAAAAGUGCAAGCACUGACUGGGAUGCGUUGCGAUCAUUUAUGCCAAUGUCGUUUGGUAAACAACAGAAGAAUCAAGACUUUAGUCAGGAAUUUGAAAAAACCAAAAGAGAUGAAGAAAAAAGCGACAGCGACAGCGACGACGACGAUCAAGAGGAGGAGGAGGAGGAUGGAGAAGAGGGCAAUAACAACGAAGACUACGUUAGUUCAGAUAUACUUCCAACUUCUCACGAAAUCAAAUUGAACGAUCAUAUACGUACUGUGUCAGCGCUUACUCUAGAUCCAUCUGGCACACGUCUUGUGUCUGGCAGCUAUGAUUAUGAUGUUAAAUUGUGGGAUUUUGCCGGCAUGGAUCGUUCUUUUAAACCAUUCCGUACCAUUCAACCUUGUGGAGAACAUCAAAUCCACAAUUUACAAUAUUCUUUGUCGGGCGAUUCGAUUUUGAUUAUAUCAGGUAGCGCAAGAGCGAAAAUAUUUGACAGAGAUGGAUAUGAAUUAAGCGAAUAUGCAAAGGGAGAUCCAUAUAUUAGAGACUUGCGACAUACAGACGGUCAUGUAGGCGCUUUAACAAGCGGGGCAUGGCAUCCUACAAAUAAGCAGAUCUUCGCUACUUCAUCCCAAGAUGGUACAAUCAGAGAAUGGGACGUAGAACGUGUGAGGAAACAAAAAACUACCAUUGUAUAUAAGUCUAGAGAACGAGGUGGACGAUCUUCUUGCACAGCAUUAGCAUAUAGUCAUGAUGCCAAGUAUAUAGCGGGUGCAUAUCAAGAUGGAACUUUACAGAUCUGGAAUAGCACAGGCAAUCAUAUUCGGCCAGCAGUAUCUAUUCCUGAUGCUCAUCAAAAAGGCACGGAAACUUCUUGUAUUCUGUUUUCGCGUGAUAAUAAUACAAUGGUGACAAGAGGCGGUGAUGAUUCAGUAAAAUGUAGGCGAUCAGCUUUUACUUCGUUUGCAAAACUUAUUUAUCAAAUAAAUGCGAAGAAGCCUGUAAAAACAUCUUACAAUUUGGAUAUAGUGAAUCCCGAAGUAAAUGUAAUAUUCAGUCCUGACGAAAAAUUGAUCCUGACAGAUGUAUCGCAAUCAAGUGUCGUCAAAGUAUUAUGGCAUCCACGUAUCAACCAAAUAAUUACCGGAAGUGCGGAUGGCUCAAUGACGGUCUUUUAUAGCCCCACCCAUUCAGUUCGUGGUGCUAAACUGUGUGUUGUCAAAAAGGCAAAGACCCGUGCUGUGGAUGAUUAUGAAAUUACCGGACCUAUUAUAACUCCUCACGCAUUGCCAAUGUUCAAAAAUGACGAGCCCAGAACAUCAAAAAGAAAGAGAGAGAAAUUACGUAAGGAUCCUAAAGCAUCACAUCGUCCAGAAUUACCUGUCAGUGGCCACGGUAAGGGUGGUAGAAUUAAUAUGAGUCAACAACAAGCUGUGAUCAAAUCAUUCGCCAAGGAUACGACAAGAGAUGAGGAUCCGAGAGAAGCACUUCUUAAAUACGCGGAUGUUGCAGAGAACGAUCCAAUGUGGGUUUCCAAUAUUUAUAAGAAAACUCAACCCAAGCCUGUGUUCCGUGAAGUGGAUGAAGAAGAAGAAGAAGAGCAGAAGAAAUAG